ACGCAUAUGGUGGAUAUACAUUUUGGGUUGCGUGAAGGGAUUGGAAAGGAGGACGGGACAGAUAGGAGAGCUGAGCGGCGCGAGCGAGGGGGCUAGCAGAGCGAGAGAGCGAGUUAGGGUUUUGGUAAAUCGGAACCACGAAGAGGUGUGUGUCUGUUACGUGCAGGAUAAAUCGUCGUGUGUGAGCGAUUUGUGUUUUAGAGAGAGGUGUGGUGAGAUCGCGAGAGAGCGAUUUGAGUGUUUGUCCAACGAUUAAUCAGACAAGUCUUUGUUAGCAUGUCGGAGAGGAAACUCGUGGUUUUAGGCAUUCCAUGGGACGUGGAUACAGAAGGUCUAAGGGAGUAUAUGAUCAAAUUCGGGGACUUAGAGGACUGUAUUGUCAUGAAGGAGCGUGCUACUGGUCGUUCUCGUGGAUUCGGCUAUGUCACAUUUGCUACACUUGAGGAUGCUAAGAAUGCAUUGUCUAAGGAGCACUUUCUUGGAAGCAGAAUGCUAGAAGUGAAAGUGGCGACACCAAAGGAGGAGAUGAGGGCUCCUGCAAAGAAAGUGACCAGGAUUUUUGUUGCUAGGAUUCCUCCGUCUGUAUCUGAAGCUACUUUCAGAAGUUAUUUUGAGAAGUACGGUGAAAUAACAGAUCUAUAUAUGCCAAAGGAUCCAUCUACCAAGGGACAUCGUGGAAUUGGGUUUAUAACUUUUGACCGUGCUGAAUCAGUUGAUGAUCUGAUGAGUGACACCCAUGAACUGGGAGGUUCCACAAUUGUUGUCGACCGAGCAACACCCAAGGAAGAAGAAUUCAGACCUGUUAGUCGGAUGUCGCAGGGUGGUGGAGGAGGAUAUGGUGCAUAUAAUGCAUAUAUUAAUGCAACAACUAGAUAUGCUGCGCUUGGUACUCCCACCUUAUAUGACCAUCCUAGUUCUAUGUAUGGAAGAGGCGGUGGAGGAGGAUUUCCAUCUCGUGGUGGCAUGGGCCAGAAGAUCUUUGUUGGCCGGCUACCUCAAGAGGCAACAACUGAAGAUCUUCGCCAGUAUUUUGGUAGAUUUGGCCGUGUUUUAGAUGUUUACGUUCCAAAGGAUCCCAGAAGACCAGGGCACAGAGGGUUUGGUUUUGUCACCUUUGCUGACGAUGGUGUUGCGGAUCGUGUUUCUCGAAGACCUCAUGAAAUAUGUGGACAUCAGGUUGCAAUUGAUUCUGCCACUCCCCUUGAUGAUGCUGGUCCAAGUAGUAAUUACAUGAUGGAUCCUCCUCCCCCUCCUCCUCCUGAACCUUAUGGGGGAUAUGGUGGUCCUAUGCGUUCCUAUGGCAGGAUGUAUGGGGGCCUAGAUUAUGAUGAUUGGGGUUACGGCUUGGGUGGAGGGAGACCUUCAAGAUCAGAUAUGAGAUACAGGCCCUACUAGCUGGCCUGGGUGAAGUGAAACCUUCUAGAGCAGAUAUGAGAUACCUGCCCUACUAGCUUGUGUGCUACUAGUAGCUUUGUUUUGCAGGUAGUCAGAAGCUGUCUGAAUUUCUAAUGGGUGGCGACAUAGAUAUGUCAUAGUUCACUCAGCUUAUUUGGUGGACAUCAUAAAACAUGUACUACUUGAUAUUUCCUUAAUUUAAUUGAAGGAGCAGUGCUGAUGGAUUGUGCA